AUGGGCUGGACUGUGUGUAAUGCCACCGAGGAGCAUGAGAAAAUCUCCGAAACCGACCUCUGGGAUGGCGGCCUUACAUUUCACGACCUGAGCUUGAUCGUCGGAGGUGUAUGUGCCUUUUUUGCAUGCAUCAUAUCCAUCUUCCUCAUCAUGACACAUGCCAGACAUUACAGUAAAGCUAUUGAGCAGCGCCAUAUUAUCCGAAUCCUAUGGAUGGUUCCUAUAUACUCCAUCGUCGCGUGGCUCAGCAUUCUCUUCUAUAACGAUUCCGUUUAUUUUGAGGUCAUGGGUGAUUGUUACGAAGCCUUCGCCAUUGCCUCUUUCUUCUCUCUCAUGUGUUCCUACAUCGCGCCCGACCUACACAGCCAGAAGGAUUAUUUCCGGGGUAUCCAACCGAAGCCGUGGGUAUGGCCGUUGAAUUGGUUUCAGAAGUGGGCAUUCUGCGGCGCAAAGCGUGGGGCUUGGCGGAAUCCGCGCAGCGGGUUGACAUGGUUCAAUGUUAUUUGGGCUGGUGUCUUUCAGUACUGCCUGAUGCGCGUAUUGAUGACCAUUGUCGCAGUCGCGACUCAAGCUACUGGCAGAUAUUGUGAAGAGAGCCUCAGUCCUGCUUUCGCAUAUAUCUGGGUUCUCGUCAUUGAAUCCGUUAGUGUCAGUAUUGCGAUGUACUGCCUGAUCCAAUUCUACAUUCAAAUCAAAGAUGAUAUCAAGCAGCACAACCCCUUCUUAAAAAUCGUCUCGAUCAAGUUGGUCAUCUUCCUUUCUUUCUGGCAAUCGUCAGCUAUCAGUUUACUCAUGUCCAGUGGCGCCGUAAAGGCGUCGAAGACGAUGAGCUACAUAGAUCUGAAGUACAGUCUACCAGAGCUGUUGAUUAACAUUGAAAUGUUCAUCUUCUCCAUCUUGCACUUGUGGGCUUUCCCCAAGAAACCCUAUGUCAUCACCAAUCAGGGAGCCGAGGUGACCGAUUUCUACGGCGCUGGCAAGGGAUCCUAUGAAGGAGGACGAUGGGGUUUCAAGGCCCUGGCCGACGCAAUGAAUCCAUUGGACCUAGUGAAAGCCGUCGGACGCAGUGCACGCUGGCUGUUCGUUGGGCGCAAAACUCGCACACUGGACCCAAGUUACCACCAAUCCUCGACCUCGAACGACGCCAUCGGUUUGCAGCCCUCGGAAUCAGGGAUCGCCCAACAAGGAACAGCCUAUCAGGGCUCCACAGCCAUGACUGGCCGGGCAGGCCACUACGGUAGUUCGCCAGACGAGGAAGGAGCCGUGCUUCUCGCUCACGCCCAAGCAAAUCCAGAGGUCGCCCCUCUGGGUACUUCUCCCUAUGCGUCAGACGCCGAGGAGUACCUAGCGGGACACUCAGGAAGCCGUUACUAUGGCCAAGGGAGCUCCCCUUCGCCAUAUUUCCCUCCUGAGAUCCCCGACACUGCUUAUCACAGCUCCCCUUAUGACCCCAAUCCCGCAAUGUCCAACCCUUAUGCAACCCCCAAUCCUUACGCCGCCCCACAUCCUUAUCCAGUCGAUGGCCCACUUCGUGAGCAGGUUCCCAUGCCUAUCCCGGAUCCAUAUCGACCUCCACCACCAUACCCGGAAAGUCAUCAUGAACGAUGA